ACCGGAAGUCGAGGCCGGGUGCUGGCGAGGGACACACCGAGUCGCCGGUUGUUUGGCAUCGCUGCGCUCGCUCCUCCCUUUCCGGGAUGUCGGCGAAGAGAAAAGCCGAGGCCAUGAUCCCGGCCGAGGAGAGCGACCAGCUGCUGAUCCGGCCCCUAGGUGCUGGGCAAGAAGUAGGAAGAUCAUGCAUUAUUCUGGAGUUUAAAGGAAGAAAAAUAAUGCUUGAUUGUGGAAUUCACCCUGGCUUAGAAGGAAUGGAUGCCCUACCUUACAUUGACUUGAUAGAUCCUGCUGAGAUUGAUCUCCUCUUAAUCAGUCAUUUCCAUUUGGAUCACUGUGGGGCUUUACCAUGGUUUCUGCAGAAGACCAGUUUCAAAGGAAGAACAUUUAUGACUCAUGCUACAAAAGCUAUUUACAGGUGGCUUCUUUCAGAUUACGUCAAGGUUAGCAAUAUUUCAGCAGAUGACAUGCUGUACACGGAGACAGAUCUGGAAGAAAGCAUGGACAAAAUUGAAACCAUCAAUUUUCAUGAAGUAAAAGAGGUGGCAGGAAUCAAGUUCUGGUGUUACCACGCGGGCCACGUCCUGGGAGCAGCCAUGUUUAUGAUUGAAAUAGCUGGUGUGAAGCUUUUAUAUACAGGUGAUUUCUCAAGACAGGAAGACAGACACUUGAUGGCAGCUGAGAUUCCUAAUAUUAAACCUGAUAUUCUUAUCAUUGAAUCCACCUAUGGUACCCAUAUUCAUGAAAAAAGGGAAGAGCGAGAAGCAAGAUUCUGUAACACUGUUCAUGAUAUUGUAAACAGAGGAGGUAGAGGUCUUAUUCCUGUCUUUGCCUUGGGUCGUGCUCAAGAGCUGCUUUUGAUCUUAGAUGAAUACUGGCAGAAUCACCCUGAACUCCAUGACAUCCCAAUAUACUAUGCCUCCUCUUUGGCAAAGAAAUGCAUGGCAGUGUAUCAGACAUAUGUAAAUGCUAUGAAUGACAAGAUCCGCAAGCAAAUCAACAUCAACAAUCCAUUUGUUUUCAAACACAUUAGUAAUCUGAAGAGUAUGGAUCACUUUGAUGACAUUGGCCCCAGUGUCGUUAUGGCUUCCCCAGGUAUGAUGCAGAGUGGCUUAUCCAGAGAAUUGUUCGAGAGCUGGUGUACUGAUAAGAGAAAUGGAGUAAUAAUAGCAGGGUACUGUGUUGAAGGAACACUUGCCAAGCACAUAAUGUCUGAACCUGAAGAGAUCACAACUAUGUCAGGGCAGAAGCUCCCACUGAAGAUGUCUGUAGACUACAUUUCUUUCUCUGCUCACACGGAUUACCAACAAACCAGCGAGUUUAUCAGGGCACUGAAACCUCCGCAUGUGAUUUUAGUGCAUGGUGAGCAGAAUGAAAUGGCCAGAUUGAAAGCAGCAUUGAUACGAGAAUAUGAGGAUAACGAUGAAGUUCACAUAGAAGUUCACAAUCCUAGGAAUACUGAGGCUGUGACAUUAAACUUCAGAGGAGAAAAACUUGCCAAGGUGAUGGGGUUUUUAGCAGAUAAAAAGCCAGAGCAAGGACAGCGCGUUUCAGGGAUCCUGGUUAAAAGAAACUUUAACUAUCACAUCCUUUCUCCAUGUGACCUCUCAAAUUACACUGAUUUGGCUAUGAGCACUGUAACACAGACACAAGCCAUUCCGUAUUCUGGCCCUUUCAAUCUGCUUUAUUACCAGCUACAGAAACUGACAGGUGAUGUAGAGGAAAUUGAAAUCCAGCAAAAGCCAGCCUUGAAGGUUUUCAGAAAUAUUACUGUGAUCCAGGAACCUGGCAUGGUGGUACUUGAGUGGGUGGCAAAUCCUGCAAAUGAUAUGUAUGCAGACACUGUAACAACAGUGAUCCUGGAAGUUCAGUCAAAUCCCAAAAUACAGAAAGCUGCAGUGCAUAAGAUUUCCAAAAAAGUAGAUAUGGAUGUAUUUAGCAAAAGGAUGGAGAUCAUGCUUCAGGACAUGUUUGGAGAGGACUGUGUUAGUGCAAAAGAUGGCUCUGUUCUAAGUGUCACAGUGGAUGGAAAAACUGCAAAUAUUUCAUUGGACACACGGACUGCUGAAUGUGAGCCAGGAAAUGAAGAUGAUGAAUCCCUUCGGGAAAUGGUGGAGUUGGCUGCACAGAGACUCUAUGAUGCCCUCAGCCCAGUCCGCUGACCUGACUGACCAGUAUAUAUAUAGGAAACACAAGAACAAUCUUUUUAAUACUUGAUUCAUUUUCGCCAUUUUCAUAAAAAAAUAAAUAAAACUUGCCUUUAGCAAGCCAUAUGUACUUAUUUCCUGACCACAAAACUGCUUAGUUCUCAUUACAAAUAACAGAUGGGCAAUCUGUUAUAGCAACUCCAUUUUGUGUAAUGUACAUAAUGAGUUAAUAUAUGUACAUAUGAACCCAUUAAUGGGACAUAUGCACAUAAGAGGAGAAAUUUCUUACCCUGAUAUGAUGUAGUAGAUAACCUAAAAUGAUGAUAAAAAAUAAAUGGGAGGAAUCUUAUAUUUUCAAGGUCUGCUGACUCGUCGGAGGAGGAGUUGGGUUUUCUGCUCCCCUAUAUAUUUAUAUAUAUAAGAUUUUAUACAGAGUUGUCUUUUUAUUUGUUUCUUGCUGUUUUUUAUGGUAAUAGUAUAGUGACUGAUAAACACACCUCUUGCAGUCAUCUGUACUAAAUUAUCACUUACUCUUAAAAUGAGAAAGUAAGGUGAAGAUCUGAAUAGUAGAUGCUUUCUGAACUAAUAUGAGAAAUCACAAUAGAUUCCACACAAACCAAGAAUAACUAACUUUCAGAAGUGUUGAGCAUCCACAGCCCCUGUUGAUUUCAGCUGGAGUUGUGUGGUUACCUGGAACUUCUACAAGUCAGACCUUUAGGCCCCAGUUCAGUAAAGCACUUAAGUAUGUACUUGAUUCUGAUAGAUGUGUUAAGACCAUGCUUAAGUGCUUACCAGAAUUAGAGCCUAGAAGACUACAUGGUGGAAGCAAUGAAACUGACUAUAAGGAAGAGGCUGUCAAAUAUACAACUAACUAUGAGAGAGAUCAUUUUAGCCUAUCAGUAUCCAUUACAGUGUUAAUAUUGGCCCAGUUCGCUGCAUGUGGGCACACCAGUGUGCCGGCACACAGCCCCAUUCAAGUCAGUAUAACUGUAGAUACAGAGUUGCACCUCUGCACAGUGAGUUGUGGGACUGGAGGCCUAAAGUAGGGGAACAAAAUCCCUAUAGAAAUGUGAUUUUUAAGUCUGUAUUUUUAAAUCACACUGAAAAAUGUUAAGGGAAAGUGUGGGGUUCCUAACAGAAGAAUAUAAAGGUAUCUUUGCAUCAUUCACAAGAAACUUGCUUCUUUUUUUUUUUUCCUGAGUUGGUUAAAGUGGCAUCAGAUAAUUCUCAGUAGUAAUAUCAACGAAGAACAUUUAUGUGUUAGUGUCUCUCUCAAAAUAAUUGGUUGUCACCAACUAAUUAUAUAAGGAUAAAAAAUUAUUCAUAAAGAAAUACUGAUAAAUGCAGUUAGCACUUUUUAAAAAAAAAGAAAACCACUCUGUGAAAUGUUUUUGUUUUUAAAAUGAUACUGUCAAAGAUUUCAGAUGCAACAUCUGUUUUGCGUUAAAAUGUUUAUAAUCUGGUGGGAAAUAUCCUCUAAUCUAUUUUUACACUCUCUUUUACUAUCUAUAAUUUUUCUAUAGUGCCCAUCACUGUAGUAUUAGAGUCAUGGAGAAUUUUUUUAAUAUAGCCUCUGUGACAGUGUUAAUAUUGUUUGGCUACUGCAAAGUGAGCAAAAAGUUAAUUAUUCCCAAGAGCUAUGUUGACUACAUGAAUAACAUUUCUAUCUUAAGCAGCAAAUACAAGGGUUUGAGUCAUGCCGGUUUGUUUCAUAAAAACUUCAAGAGGAAAUCACAGUUUAUUCAGUGGAAAAGAGGAGAAUCAUCUCUGGGUAGAAUGAUAUUUUCAUGAACAAAAGAAAUUAAAAAUGGUCUAAAGUA